GUCACAGCAGUUCUUCUGUCACCAUGAAGGGGACCUGCUCAGAUGCCAUCCUUGUUCUAGCUACCUCCAUGUGGAUAGCCUUUGCAAUUGACUUCCCCCUUCCUACGGCCUCUGAAAGAGGUCAGCUAGGCGAAACAAAAGUUGAAUGCCUCAAGAAUAUAAAUAACUGCUGGUUUUUGUCCUACAUCAAGCCCAGUGAACCUAUUUGUGGCAGUGACAAGGUUACCUACAGUAGUGAGUGCCAUCUCUGCUCCAAAAUUCUGUAA